CUAAAGCCCCUCUUUUGGAGCGCAGCUAUGAGUAAUGAGUGGCGUUCUAUAUAUAAGCAAUGGAAGCAGCACAAACACAUGACUCCAUCCCCAUAGAAUCUAUAUAAACAUCAACAAAAUUAACAAGUCCUACAUGGUAGCGCCACCAUUGGCACGGCGUCGGCAGGUGGCUCCGCCAAUCGCAACACCAUUAAUAUCUCCCAAGCAAGAGCCUCAUGACAUGGCUGAUCAGAAACCGCCGGCACCACCCAUUAUCAAAGUGACACUACCCACCCCAACACUGAAACAUUCGGUAUCACCGCCACAUCUGCCACCACCACCGCCACCGCAUAACAAGGCUGCUACAUAUACAAAGGACCAACACACCAAGGUAGAAGGAAGAGGGCGGAGGAUAAGAAUGCCGGCAACAUGCGCCGCCAGAGUCUUUCAACUUACCCGUGAACUCGGUCACAAAACUGACGGCGAAACUAUUCAAUGGCUAUUACAACAUGCUGAACCUUCUAUCAUCUCCGCUACUGGUACUGGUACUACCCCUGCCAUCGCCGUCUCAGUUAACGGCACACUCAAAAUCCCCACCACUAAAAAUGACCCUUUAACGCGGAAACGCAAACGUUGUACUAACAGUGAAUUUAUCGACGUUAAACAAAGAAGUUGCCAUACAACUAUGACUACAUGCAGUACUAGUACUAUUGACGUGAAGUCUAACAAAGUGACAACUAUUUUUGCUCCGAUUAUGUCGAUAAUACCAAGUCAGACAAUAAUGCCACACGUGUCAAUGUUCGCUGUGGCGGCGGCGUCAACUGUUUGGAUAAUUCCACAAACACCAAGUGCAGCUCCGGUGUUGGCGGUGCAACCUAUUAAUUGCGUUAGUACUGUUAGACCAGCUGCUUUAUUGAAUAUUCCAAGUGCAGUUAUUCCUCUUUCUACUAACAAUGCCUCCAUUUCCUCCUCCUUUUCGUUGGGUCAUUGAACCGUACGUGGGUGCGUGGUAACUUUGGAAAGAAAAAAGAAUAUUGUAGUAACUUUAAUUUCUAUAUUAUGAAGGGCCGUGAAUGAUUAAUUAGGAAGAAGUUUAACUUCUGUGGCUAACAUUUGUAAAGUUUUCUUGCAUCAUCUCAUUAACGGCAUCAGCCUAUAAUAAUAACAGAGCAUUCAACCAAUUACACUA